GCUUAUGUGCGUUUCGAGAACAUGGUAUUGUUUUUCAAUCCAUGGACCAAGUAAAGAGGUACGAUGGUCUUAAGCUUGUGGACAAGCCCAGUGACCUAUAUUGUUUAUGGCAUAAUUUUGGUGGAAAAUUUAUCCCUUUUAAAUUAGAAAAAAUGUUUAAAAAAUUAUUUGAUGGGAUAAAAGAUAAAGAUAAAAGUGUGCAUGAAGCCCAUUACUUGAGGAUGCAAAUUAUGACUUUGAAAGAAACAACUCAAGAAACAUUUUGAGUCAAUGUCAUUUAGAUUCGUGUGAUUUUCCCACAAAUUACAUAUUAAAUUGUUCCAUACACUUGAAACUUUCUACCUAUCAAGUUUUUUUUCAAGUGUUACUGUAAGACCCCUGACUGGUGAUUAGUGCCAGUACAGGUAUAAAUGGGAGAAGAGAAUGGCUCCAGGAAGCAUUAUCAUCUAUAGCUGAGGACACAGAUGUCAAAAGAAUGAUGAAAUAUUUACAAAUUUUGGAAAAACCUUGUGACACAAAUAAUGCUGAUGAUGACCUUGGGGAGAAGGAAGAUGCAUUUGAGGAAUUGUCCAUGAUUGUUGAAGAUUUAGAUAAUGCAAACGAUUUUCACAAGAUUGGAGGCUAUCAGGUGAUGAUUAAAUGCCUCUCAAGUGAACACAGCUCUUUAAGAUGGAGAGCAGCUGACAUUUUGGCAGUGUGUGUUCAGAAUAAUCCAUACUGUCAAAAGGCAGCAAUGGAAAUGAACAUCCUUCCAACACUUACUUCUUUGCUUGAAACUGACCAGUUGGAUCAAGUGAGAAUCAAAGCUUUAUAUGCAAUAUCAGGUUUAACAAGAAAUUUUCCCAAAGCUGAGGAGGCAUUUUUAAAAGAUGAUGGAGUUUCGAUGUUAUUUCGAACAAUGCAAGCAGAAAAUGAAAAACUGAUAACCAAGUCUGCCUUCAUGACAAGGAAUUUGCUGAUGAUAAAUCCUACACUUAAAGAAACUCUCUUCAAGAUGGGCCUUACUGAGCAGCUUGUUGGAUUAUUACGAGGUCCUCAGAAUUCCUCUCGAGCACAUGUAAUAAAUCUGUUCAAGACCUUUGUGAUGGAUUAUCCACCAGCCAUAAAUGAGUGCCAAAGACCUGAAUUUGAUUUGGAGAGACUUCUGUCAUCUAUAAUUACAUCCAGUAUGGAAGAUGACCCAGAUGCACAUGAGGAUAUGAUCCUUAAUUGCAAGGAAUUGCUGAAUAUUUGCUUCAAAAAAUAGAAACAUUCUCAGCCCAGCUCUGGAAGUAAUUUAAGAUGGUUUACUGUAAAAUAAACUAAGUUCCAAUCCGCACUCCUCUCAAAUUUGUUUUUGUUAAUUAGCUCUCAUGUUUUAAUAAGUAACUCCUAAGUAAACACUUUCAUUCCAGUAAGUGCCCUGUACCAUUAAGCACCCCUUAUUCCACUAAGCAUCAAUAGAAGUGCCCCUGUUCUGUUGUGUGUGGCAUUUUUGUAGUUUUCCCUGCAUUUUAAUUAAGUUAUUAAAUUGAAUAAAGUAGUCAAAUUAGCAUUGUUCUACAAAUUAGGUUGUUUUUGUGACAGUAGAUUCGAGAUGUGGAAUGAAAUAGCAAUGCACAAAUAAUUGUUGGUGGAAAAUGUCAACUGUUUAUGUGAUGUAGGCCUGAUU